AUGCCUCUCCAAAAGCUGCAAGCCCUGUUUGCCGGCUUACCAGUUGAGUACAUUAUUCUUAUGUGUAUUGGAGGCGCAUUGUAUCUUGUAUAUAAGCUUUCGACAGCCACAGAUAUUCCAUAUAUCAAAGGAAUUCCUGAGAUACCCGGAGCUGUCCCUAUUUUUGGUCAUCUUUUAAAACUUGGUGAAGAUCAUGCCACUACCUGUGAAGGCUGGUGGAAACAAUAUGGCCAUUCUGUCUUCCAAAUAAAGUUAGGCAAUACCCGAGCAGUCGUAGUAAAUUCUUUUGAAGACAGCAAGAAAAUGCUCGUAGGGCAUCAGUCCGCUCUCAUUGAUCGUCCAAAACUGUACACCUUCCAUGGAGUCAUUUCAUCAACCCAAGGUUUCACCAUUGGAUCAUCACCUUGGGAUGAAAGCUGCAAGAACAAGCGAAAGGCCACUGGGGUUGCACUUGGGCGACCAGCUACCAGAAACUACUAUCCCAUGUUUGACCUUGAGAGUUACUGCAUUGUACGAGAUCUUCAUAGAGACAGCAAGAACGGUGCUGUUGAGAUCAGUAUCCGCCCCUAUAUUCAACGCUACGCUCUUAACACCACACUUACUCUAUGUUAUGGGAUUCGUAUGGAUGAUGUUUAUGAUGCUAUGCUUCGCGAAAUCUUACACGUCGGUUCCGCUAUCAGUCUUUUACGCAGCGCUUCCGAGAACUACCAAGAUUACAUCCCAAUGCUAAGAUACCUUCCCAACGAGAAAACUGCCCGCUCCAAGAGUCUGAGAGAUAGACGCGAUGUGUACCUCAAGGAUCUUCUUGACAAAGUCAGAGCGAUGAUUGAAAAAGGGACCGACAAACCAUGCAUCUCAGCUGCCAUUCUCAAAGACGAAGAGACAAAGUUGACUGGGGUUGAGGUUAGCUCCAUCUGUCUCUCACUUGUCUCUGGUGGCUUUGAGACCAUUCCCGGUACAUUGACUUCUUGCAUCGGUUCCUUGUCAACACCCGAAGGUCAACUUUGGCAAGAACGCGCAUAUGAGGAUAUUAAGCGUGUUCAUCCCGACCUCAAAGAAGUAUGGUUGAACAGUUUUCAAGAAGAGAAAGUCCCAUACCUGAAUGCCAUCAUCAAAGAAGCAGGCAGAUAUUAUACAGUUUCUUCCAUGAGUCUGCCUCGCAAGACUGUCACCGAAGUGAACUGGAACGGAGCCAUAAUUCCAGCAAAGACUAUGGUCCUAAUCAAUGCUCAGGCUGGGAACCACGAUGUCACCCACUACGGACGAGAUGCAUCCAAAUUUGACCCCGAGCGUUGGCUCGAACCUAUCACCAUCGGCAAGCCAUUCGUCGAGAAGCCGUCGGCUGGACUCAACCACCUGAGUUUUGGUGCGGGUGCACGCGCCUGCUCCGGGCAGAUCAUUGCGCAGCGAUUGCUAUACGCGGCCUUGAUUCGAAUCAUCUCCACAUACAAGAUCGUGGCUAGUGAGACUGAACCUCCCAACACCGACUAUGUUGAAUACAAUCAAUUCAAGACAGCCCUUGUUGCAAUUCCAAAGGAUUUCAAGAUCAAGUUAAUUCCAAGGGAUUCGGCGGCAAGCGCAGAAGUAUUAGAUGAUGCAUUGGUGAGGACU